CUGACGCAUCAGGCCAUAAUAUCAGAGUCUCCUAAAGAAAACAGAUGCAGUCAGGAUCUGCGUCAGACCUGAAUGUAGCCCUGGAUGAAUGUAUGAUGGCUGUGGAUUUAUUUCUAAGCAACAAAUUUCCUGAGGCCCUUGCUUCCCUACAAGCGAAAACUAAGGACAGUAUGUAUCACGCACUGACAUAUGCCACCAUACUGGAAAUGCAAGCCAUGAUGACUUUUGAUGCCCAGGACAUGCUGAAUGCAGGAAACACAAUGAAAGAAGCUCAAGCCACCUGUCAAAAGUUUAGGAAGAAAUCGACUGUAGCUGAUUCCUUUAACAACCUUGUGCAUAGACAAAAUCUCGAACACUUUACUGAAGAGGAAAUUCAUGCAGAAAUUUGCUAUGCUGAAUGCUUGCUUCAGAGAGCGGCUCUCACAUUCCUGCAGGAUGAGAACAUGGUUAGCUUUAUCAAAGGAGGCAUCAAAGUCAGGAACAGUUAUCAGACAUAUAGGGAACUGGACAGUCUUAUACAGUCUCCAAACUAUGUUAAAGGAAAGAACUAUCUCCACUUUGAAGGAGGCGUAAAGCUUGGUGUUGGAGCUUUCAACCUGACAUUGUCCAUGUUCCCAACACGGAUUCUACGAUUACUGGAGUUUGUUGGGUUUUCUGGAAGCAAGGAGUAUGGUCUGUUGCAGCUUCAAGAGGGAGCAUUGAUGUACAGCUUUAGGUCGGUGCUGUGUACCAUGCUGCUGCUGUGCUAUCAUACCUUCAUGACCUUUGUGUUAGAAUUGAGGAUCCCAGGAGGUGGGGAGGGAGGGAGCAAUGUCGCAUGGAGAUUUCUGCCAGCACAGAACCAGUUUGCCUUUAUGGUGCCUCCAUGGACAGGGAAAGGAAACAUUGAAGAGGCAGAAAGGCUACUCAAGCCUUACUUGGCUCGCUAUCCAAAAGGAGCCAUAUUCCUGUUUUUUGCAGGCAGGAUAGAAACAAUAAAAGGCAAUAUUGAUACAGCAGUUAGUAGGUUUGAGGAAUGCUGUGAGGCCCAACAGCACUGGAAGCAGUUUCAUCACAUGUGUUACUGGGAACUAAUGUGGUGCUUCACCUACAAGCGCCAGUGGAAGAUGGCCUAUUUCUAUGCGGAUCUGCUAAGCAAAGAAAACAAUUGGUCAAAGGUUACCUAUAUUUACAUGAAAGCUGCCUAUCUCAGUAUGUUUGGACCAGAUGAUCACGGACCCUUUGGGGAUAAUGAAGUGGAACUGUUUAGGACUGUGCCUAGUUUGAAACUGAAAAUUGCAGGGAAGUCACUGCCUACAGAGAAGUUUGCCAUUCGGAAAUCUCGGAGAUACCUUCCCUCAAACCCGGUUCCUUUGCCUGUGCCUGCGUUGGAAAUGAUGUAUAUCUGGAAUGGCUAUGCUGUGAUUGGAAAAUGUCCUGAUUUAACAGAAGGCAUGUUGCAGACAUUAACUGAGGCAGAAGCAGCUCUGGAAAGAAGCCCAGCUACAGAAUUACUAGCAGAUGACCAAUGUUUGAUAAAGCUGUUAAAGGGUUUAUGUCUGAAGCACUUGGGCAAGAUUUCUGAGGCAGAAGAUCAUUUCAUUUACAUCCAUUUAAAUGAGAGGAAGAUAAAGUAUGACCAUUAUUUAAUUCCAAAUGCCCUGCUUGAACUUGCUGUACUAUACAUGGACCAUGGUAGAAGAGAAGAAGGAGUAAAGUUACUGGAAAGAGCAAAACAAAAUUACAAGAAUUACUCCAUGGAAACAAGAACACAUUUCAGAAUUCAAGCUGCCUUGCACCAAGCCAAAUCGGUCUCAGAAAAUGGAGUACAUUCUGGAGCUUCAACAGUGUCGUAA